AUGGAGGAAGCGGCUCUCGGCGCACGGGAACAGCGCCCGGGUUCUCCACUGCGGGGCAUGUUCGCUCAAGUCUCAACCGCCCGGUCGUGGUGCGCGACCUACGCUGGCCUCGCCUCGUCCGCCGACCUGGCCAUCAAAGCGGAAACCCGGCAACACGCUCAAACGUUUGCAGAGCUGCCUGUCGUCGACAGCUGGCGAGGCUCGAGGCCUCCCAUCAACGGCAUGCCCCGAGGGACCAAGCGCAAAUUCACCUCGAACCAAGAGCCCUCUGGCCACAUGGCGCCUCAAGCCUCGAACCAGAGGGCUGCUUUGCUCCGGCCCAUCCCGACUCCUGAGACGCAGGAACUCUACAAUAAGAUGCGCCGAGAAGAGGAGAAGCUGACUGAGGAGUCACUCGAGCAGGUGCAAGAGGGGCCUCCCAGCCAUCUCCAGCUCCCGCUGUCCUCCCAAGUCACCGUUUCAUCUCCGUCGCUGUCCCACGCCAGCACUACCCACUCGAUUUCUCAGGCCAUGAAUGACAUGGGUGUUGCUGGAGACCCGCCCGGACCCAGGGGACAACGCCCCGGCCGCCAUGGGCCGCUGUCCGAGAAAAAGAAAGCGAGAACUCACUUGAUGCGCAAGCUGGGCGCCUGCAAUGAGUGCCGGGAGCGGAGAUGUGACCACUUCGACUUCAGUCUUUUCGAAGCCGCGUACCAGGCGGAAAAGCGGGCUGCAGCCCAGGUGCCCGACUCCGGCCAUCCGACUUCUACCGCCACUGCCACUCUGUAUCAGCCGCGCUUGGGCGAGCCCAGCGAUCUUCUCGGUGUCGGGGUCGGACAAAACUCCACGAACCAACCAUCCCAGCUUGUAUGGGCUGGGAGGGACGACGUUCACGCGGACUCCGACCCGCUGCUAGAGCAGACACACCAGCAGAACCCCCCAGUCCCGCAACACCUGGCAUCGGUAUUGGGCAGGGUUGAAUAUCUCCAGGUCCCAUUUGCGCUUUCCGAUACAACGCCCCAGCACCACCCACCUGCUCUUCCUCAGAGCAUGCCAGUAGUCCAACAUCGAGCUGGCACCACCAUGGUUCGGAGCGCAUCGGCGGCGCCUCAUUACCAAGGUGCUGGCACCGUGACUCGAAGCGUGCCCGCGGCACUCUACCAAGCUGCGGCACCCAUGGCCCGGAGCACAUCAGCGUCGCCGUAUUACCCGGGUGCUGCUACCGUGCCUCGAGGCACGCCAGCCGGUCGACACCAGGAUGUUGCUGCCUUAACCCGAAGCACAGCUGAGGACAUGGCCCCGAUCGGCAGAGAGGUCUCCCCCAAUGGUCAAGAAUGGGACUGCCUCUGGGGCACCGACAAUUGCGGUUCGUCACUGUCGCACGGCGGGCUGUCGCCGUGCCACGAGCGCUGCAGCACUCUGGAGGAGCUGAAGAUGCACUACGCAUCGGCCCACGCGCCAAUCUACGAAGACUGGCCCAUGUGGCAUUGCACCAAUUGCGGUUUUAACGAUUGGAUCCGACCGACCCUGCCUUGCUUCGAAUGCCCCAACCCCGGAUCAUCCUCCUGGCAAAAAUGGCAAUGGGCGCGCGUGAGUAUCCCUUCCAGAGCGAUCUCUGACCCCCUCGGGGGCCUGGCGAGCCUGGACGGAGCCCCUUCGAACAGUUCCUCCUGGACGGAUUACUCGGCACCAUUCUCUGGCUCGCCCGGAGGUCAGAACAGCCCCUACGCACGGUCGUGCGGCGGCUACGGCUACGGAAGUGGUUCUUCUGGCCAGGCCUUCAGGUCCGCACAAGCGGUCAUCGAGAAGGCCAGGACUUGCCGCGGGUUCGGCUCUCCCGUAGUCCGCUGCGCCAGCCGGCCCUUUCACAGCGGGAUGUGCCAUCCUCCCCUGUUUCCGGGCCUGGCCUGGGCGUGGGGUGCUGCUGGCACCGCCGUCCGCAGGCAUGCCUGCUCCGCGGCUGUCCUCUUCGCUGUCGUCAUCUUCGCCCUGGUCGACGGUUGGCUGUCUGCCAGUGGCGUCGACGGCGGACUGUGGCGAACUGCAUGCGAUGGCCUCUCCCACCACGGACGCGCGGGCCCAACCCGGGUCCUCAAUCUGUCCAUUGCAUGCAUCGUCGCCGGGCUGAUCGCGACGUGGGCGUUCCGGCAUGAGAUGCUUGCCCUGGCACAGCACCGUGAUGCUGCUGCACAGGUAUCGCCGCCCUUUUGCCUGCUCAAUAAUCGGCGAACGCUCGCGGCGUUCUGAUUGUCGGGUAUUUUAGCGCCACGAGCGUUGGCACAGGUGCGAUGGUCGCUGCAUUCUGUCGGUUGGCGCAGGCGGUCGUGUGGCGGUUGCUGUCUCUGCUACUGCGUGUUAGUGCAGCAUGAGCUGUUUGUGACCUGGCGAGGCCUGGGUUCGAGACCGGGUCUGGACCCUGCGGGCACUGCGAGGCAUCCGGGGUUUGCAUGGCGGAUUUCGGCGUGUUCUGUUGGGUCCAUACUGGCUUCUGCUUUGGCUUAGACGGCUGUUUCCUGUUUGGCUUUUCCCUGCUUCGUGUUUGGCGUUUCCCUGCUUUCCGGCACAUGAAUCCUGUAUGCUAUAUUUGUUCGUCUGGAGUUCGGCUUCUUCCUCCUCUUCUUCUUCGUUUCUUUCCUUCCUUGCUUUUCCUCUCUGUCUUUUUUCUUUCCUUCCUUUUCCUGGCGUCUGGUGUUUCGGGACCUACGUUCAUGCUUGAGCAGGCUGUCUGGAUCUGGGUCUUGCACCGGGCAUGGAAGAGGAUAGGUUCGCAAGAACUGGGCUGGUCGGGCAUCAGGCUGAACAUAGGUAGUCAAACGUUGGGUGUGUGACGGGAGUGCUGGGAUUGUGCGAACGGGGAUACAUGGCAGUUUUGAGGUGUGGUUUUUUGGAUGGACUGUACGGAAUACACACUCUUUAAACAAGUCCCUGAGGCCUCGCUGUUGAGCAAGCUCGC